CUGGAUACCUAACGGUUGAGCGGAAAGAUUCUCAACUGCCUACUUUGCCACUUGGCUCUGAGCGAGACGGUGGUGCUAACCUAGAGCGCUUGCCUGUGUUGGGCUCAGGACGCGGGGAAAAGCCAAGGGGGAGGUGUGGUGUGCCUGAAGCCCAUUGGCUGGAAGAUGAAGAAGCUUUUUGGCUUCGGCAGUAAGACGACCGUGCUGUCCGCCGGCUCCUCCGGGGAGGGCAGUAGUGGAGUCAACCAGCUGCCCGGGUACCAUGUCCGAGACAAGGAUCUCGGGAAGAUACACAGGGCAGCCUGUGAGGGCGAUGUGGCCAGAGUGCAGCAGAUCCUGCUGCUCAGGAGAAAUGGCCCCAAUGAUAAAGACAAGAGGAACAGGACUGCUCUGCAUCUGGCCUGUGCCGGUGGCCGUCCAGCAGUGGUGACUCUACUGGCAAAGUGGAAAUGCCAGCUUAACAUCUGUGACAGUGAGAACAGGACAGCACUGAUAAAGGCUGUCCAAUGUCAGCAAGAAGAAUGUACCAGUAUUCUGCUGGAACAUGGUGCCGACCCAAAUCUUGUGGAUGUCAAGGGCUACACGGCCCUCCACUAUGCUGCCUUUGGUCCGAAUAUCUCCAUCGCAGCAAAGCUGCUUUCGUACAAUGCUAACAUAGAAGCAAGAGACAAGGAUGACCUGACUCCGCUUUUACUUGCUGUCAGUGAAAACCAACAGCAAAUGGUGGAAUUUUUAUUACAGAAAGAAGCCAACAUACAUGCAGUUGACAAGAUGAAAAGAACAGCCCUCAUACUUGCUGUAAAUUUUGCAUCAUCAAGUGUAGUCAGGCUGCUUCUUGAGCAAGGCGUUGAUAUCUCUCCUCAAGAUCGCUAUGGACGGAAUGCAGAAGACUAUGCUGUUAUCAAGGGUCAUCAAAUAAUGCACAACCUGAUUUUGAAAUAUAAAGGAGAAAAGGGACUUAAAACACCUUCUCGAGACACUAUACUAGAUCGCACAGCAGAGGGACCUCCAAGGCAGACAUCAGGAGAAACGGAGUCAAAGCAAGGUAUUCGAUCGCACAGCAGAGGGACCUCCAAGGCAGACAUCAGGAGAAACGGAGUCAAAGCAAGGUAUUCGGUGAAAGGACCUGACUGUAAUUCGCCUCCAGUUGGAGUGACCAAUGUUCGUAAAAUAAAAGUUGGAACAAAGGAUUUGCCAACGUCCAGAUCAGCUUCUCCGGAAAAACAUCCUCACUCGAAGCCUCCAGUUGGAGUGACCAAUGUUCGUAAAAUAAAAGUUGGAACAAAGGAUUUGCCAACGUCCAGAUCAGAUUCCUCAGAUGUGCCUCAUAGACCUCCUUGGGCGAGUGGAUCAGGCAACUCUAAGAGGGCUAAACAAGAGGAUCCAAGAAAUAGAGGCAUAGAAGAGGCCCACACGGCUUCUCCGGAAAAACAUCCUCACUCGAAGCCUCCAGUUGGAGUGAAAAAUGUUGUUCGUAAAAAAGCAGUUGGAACAAAGGAUUUGCAAGCGUCCAGAUCAGGUUCUCUUAGCUUAGGUGCAGUUCUUUCAUACAGAAGAUCACUAGAACUUGAAAAGAGCCAAUGUGAACUCCUUAAAGCAAAAGUUAAAAACAUGGAAAGUACGAUCAGUGGCCUACAAAAGGAGCUAUCAGAAACAAAAGAAGUGAAGUCCCAGUUAGAGCAUCAAAUGGCAGAGUGGCAAGGAGAGCUCUGCAGCUUGAGAUUAUCCUUAAAACAAGAAGAAGAGCAAAGAAAAAAGGCAGAUAUGUUAUCUGAAGAAAUUAGAGAGCAGUUAAGAAGAGAAGAAGAGCAAUGUAGUAAAGAAACUGAAUUGAAACAGCAACUUGAACUCACUGUCGAAGGACUACAAGGGGAAUUGAAGGCUGUGAGAGACAGGCUGAACCAGGUUUCUGAUAGUCACGAAAGAGCAACAAAUCUGUUACAUGAAAAUCUCAUGAUACAGGAUGAGAUUGCCACGUUAAAACGAGAAAUAGACACAAUAAAAAAUGAGAACCUGGAAAAGGAAAGGAAAUAUUUAGAGGUCAUUGAAAUUGUAAAACAAAAGAAUGAUGAACUUCAAAAGGCAAUAAAACUUAAUGAGGAAAAAUUGACACAGACAUACAGUGGACAGCUUCAUGAUCUGACAGCUGAGAAUACAAGGCUGAAGUCUAAACUGAAGAAGGAAGAAAAAAGACAGAGCCUGGAAACAGAUGUUGCGUUAUAUUGUUCCAAGCUGACUACUGCCAUGAGUGAUCAUGAGCAAAGUCAGACAGCAAAAAGAGACCUGGAACUCACCUUUCAGAGAGCAAGAGGUGAGUGGCUAUGCUUACAGGACAAAAUGAAUUUGGAGAUGUCUAACCUGAAAGAUCACAACAAGCUACUUUUGCAGCAAUUGUCUGAAACCCAGCGUAAAUUCAGUAGCCUAGACAUUGAGAUGCAUCACACGAGAGAUGCUCUCAGAGAAAACUCUUUGCUGUUAGAGCAGGUAGAGAGAGAACUGAGCCAAGCACAGUGUCAGAAGAAGGAAAGUGAAGACCUGUGUCGACGUGAACAAGGCAAAGUGAAGGAAUACAUGGGCAAGCAGGAGCGCUUGGAGGAGAGAUUAGCCCAACUAGAGAGUGUAAACCUGUUGCUGCAAGAACAGCUGGAUGAUGCAAAAAACAAAAUCGAGAGCAAAGAGAAGAUGGUAAUGGAUAGCCAAGAACGGUUUCAGGAUAUCCUGAAGACCUUUCAAGACCAAAGGGAAAAGGAAAGUCUGAUGCUGGAGGAAAGCCUUAAGAAGUUAACCAAUGAGCUUCAUCUUCUCAAGGAGAAGCUGUCUCGGGCUAAAAAUGUGAAAACACAGAGAGCAUUGCAAGAAGCACAAGAUCGAUAUAUGGAGGCCGUGAAAUGUACUGAGAAGAUGCAGGAUCAAAUGCAAAAGCUUGAAAAGGAAAAUGCCGAGUUAAAAGGUACAAACAAAAUGCAAGCGGGCACAAUUGAAGAGCUUCAGAAAAACCUGCUGAGUCUAAGUUCGUGUCCUUCUGAGAGUCUUUCACAGAAGUACGUUGAUCAUUUUUCUGGAGCUUCAGGUCAAAGAGGUAAAAAUAGAGUAAAUGGAGAAGUAGAAGAUGUGCCUCAUAGACCUCCUUGGGCGAGUGGAUCAGGCAACUCUAAGAGGGCUAAACGAGAGGAUCCAAGAAAUAGAGGCAUAGAAGAGGCCCACACGGCUUCUCCGGAAAAACAUCCUCACUCGAAGCCUCCAAUUGGAGUCAACAGUGCUGUUCGUAAAAAAACAGUUGGAACAAAGAAUUUGCAAGCGUCCAGAUCAGAUUUGUCAACAGAACAAGACUUAGAAAUGAAGUCAGAGGAAGAGCAAGAAAGGCCUGCUGGAAAUGAAAAUAACCACCCACAGGUUGAAGCAGAAAAGAAGGAGCACAGAAGCAGUGUGAUGGAAGCGUCAGAGAGCAGACGUGAUGCUGAUGAGAGUGGGUUACUUCAACAGAGGCAGAAGGGAAAGACUCAUACCCAGCAGUUUCCUACUAUGGAGAAUGAAGAUUCUGAUAGUAACUGUCCUGGCAUGCCCAUGAAAGAAGUAUGGAAAAAGAAAAUUGAAAAAAAGACGUCAAAAGAAGUUGUGAUUCCAUCAAUAUUGGAGAAGGCUGAUUCACUUACUACUGGUUUACUACACAUGAAAAAGGACAGCAGCUUAAGUGAAAGAGAUCAGGAUGAUGGCAGGCAUGCAAAGAAAAUAUCUAAUGAAAAGAACAAGGUCCCAGGGCAAGUUAAUUCUGUGGAUGACCUUGGUGACUUAACUCUGAUACCUGAAACAGCUUCUGAGGAUCGUGAGUUGCUUUGCUCCGAGUCUAAGACUUCUGUGUUGCUAAUUGAACAACCUGGCCUGGAGUGUAAAGGUUCUCUUAGCUUAGGUGCAGUUUUUGCAUACAAAAGAUUGCUAGAAUUGAAAAACAACCGAUGUGAACUCCUUAAAGCAAAAGUUAAAAACAUGGAAAGUACGAUCAGUGGCCUACAAAAGGAGCUAUCAGAAACAAAAGAAGUGAAGUCCCAGUUAGAGCAUCAAAUGGCAGAGUGGCAAGGAGAGCUCUGCAGCUUGAGAUCGUCCUUACAAAAAGAAGAAGAGGAAAGAAAAGAAACAGAUAUGUUAUAUGAAGACAUUACAGAGCGAUUAAGAGAAGAAGAAGAGGAACACAGGAAAGAUGUUGAAUUGAGAGACCAACUUGAACUCACUCUCAGAAUACUAGAACUGGAAGUGCAGACUGUGAGAAGUAAACCGACCCAGGUUUCUGAUAGUCACGAAAAAGCAACAAAUCUGUUACAUGAAAAUCUCAUGAUACAGGAUGAGAUUGCCACGUUAAAACGAGAAAUAGACACAAUAAAAAAUGAGAACCUGGAAAAGGAAAGGAAAUAUUUAGAGGACAUUGAAAUUGUAAAACAAAAGAAUGAUGAACUUCAAAAGGCAAUAAAACUUAAUGAGGAAAAAUUGACACAGACAUACAGUGGACAGCUUCAUGAUCUGACAGCUGAGAAUACAAGGCUGAAGUCUAAACUGAAGAAGGAAGAACAAAAGACAGAAAGCCUGGAAACAGAUGUUGCGUUAUAUUGUUCCAAGCUGACUACUGCCAUGAGUGAUCAUGAGCAAAGUCAGACAGCAAAAAGAGACCUGGAACUCACCUUUCAGAGAGCAAGAGGUGAGUGGCUAUGCUUACAGGACAAAAUGAAUUUGGAGAUGUCUAACCUGAAAGAUCACAACAAGCUACUUUUGCAGCAAUUGUCUGAAACCCAGCGUAAAUUCAGUAGCCUAGACAUUGAGAUGCAUCACACGAGAGAUGCUCUCAGAGAAAACUCUUUGCUGUUAGAGCAGGUACAGAGAGAACUGAGCCAAGCACAGUGUCAGAAGAAGGAAAGUGAAGACCCAUGUCUAUGUGAACACGGCAAAGUGAAGGAAUACAUGGGCAAGCAGGAGCGCUUGGAGGAGAGAUUAGCCCAACUAGAGAGUGUAAACCUGUUGCUGCAAGAACAGCUGGAUGAUGCAAAAAGCAAAAUCGAGAGCAAAGAGAAGAUGGUAAUGGGUAGCCAAGAACGGUUUCAGGAUAUCCUGAACCUUCAAGACCAAAGGGAAAAGGAAAGUCUGAUGCUGGAGGAAAGCCUUAAGAAGUUAACCAAUGAGGUGGAUCUUCUCAAGGAGAGGCUGUCUCAGGCUGAAAAUGUGAAAACACAGAGAGCAGUAAGUAUCCAGAAAGAGAAGGGAUUCUCAGACUUGCUGAAGGGAAGUUCAGAGAAACAAUCAACAUCUCAAGAAACCUUAGUGAAGUUAUGGGAAAACAAAUCUGUUCCAAUGAAAAGUGAAAUGGAACUCAGACCUAGAGAUCUUGAAUCUGAACUCUCCACAGUGAAAACUUGUACAGACUAUGCUAAGGAAACAGAAUUGAAAAUGUAUAAGCAAAUCUACCUAGAAGAAGUAAAAGUUAGAAUGUCAUUGGACAAUAAACUAAACAAGACCGAAGAGAGGCUGGCUGAGACCACCGCUCAACUUCAGGUGGUGAGAGAGCUAAAUAGACCUCAAGCUUUGACUACAAGACCAGUCCUGGAGCCACCUCGUGCUGGAAAUCUUCAUAACAGUUCAGUGUUUGGUGGAAAUCUUACUCCAAGAGAAAACCAAGUGAUUUCUACCGCACGUUCACAUCCUCCAAAUAACAGCAUCGAUGCUUUCUUGACCAAGGAGUGGGAAGAAAAUUUAACCAGAGGACUAGCAGAAGAUGCUAAGUAUGAAUCUGAACCUUACAGAACUCCCCUCCAAGGUCUCUGUCAUGAAGAUGGACUUGAAAGAGCAGGCAAAGAAUAUGUAGAGAUACUGAAGAGAAACUACAUGCUCUGAAUAGCAGUGACAUUUUUCUGGUUUUACUCCAAGGGUCAAUUAUAAUGUACGGACUCCUGAGUUUUCUAUUGGAACAUGACUAUAUGUGAAAUUCUUCCU